AUUAGACCCGGGAAGGGGAGACCCCGCCGCCCGCUGCCCGCUGCAAGAGCCGGAACACUGGGCGGACUUGGGCCGCAGCCCCUCAAUGACCAGCCCUUGGUUCUGGGUUGCUGAGAGCCACGUGUACUUCCCUCUUUACCCAUCGCGGGAAGUGAGGGUGGAAUUUAAAGGGACCGCAGCUCCAUGCACUUCUUCCCAACCGUUUUCUUAUUUGACUCUUAGCGUUUUUACUUCUUAAUUCGCAAAUAGCCCACAUCGCCACCUUUUCUCUUUCCUUUUAGCGGAGUGAUCAAGACAGUAUUGCUGAGGGAGCUUGUUUUCUUGGACCGCAGCGGAGGGAGGAACCUGUAAGGGACACGUAGUUUAGAAGCUAGUGCUGACAAGGUGGGCGCUGUACAGACCCAGGGGAGAUGGAAAAGGACUGAUACGGAUGUUAGGCCUCUCACCCCCAUCGAUAGACUCUCUCUCCAGUGUCAUCAGAUCAGAAAAUGUGUGUGUAAAAGCACCAACAUUAGAAAUAACGUCGGAAGAAAAGUUUGGCCUCGUUUUUUUUUUUUUUUUUUGCCCUGUAACGGAUAAUUUCGAGUCAGUUGCCUUGCAUGAGAGGCUUAGUACUGCAGAUCAACAAGGAUGAUGUAACUGCUCUACACUGUAAAGUGGUAUGCCUUAUUCAAAAUGGAAGUUUCAAGGAAGCCUUGAAUGUCAUCAACACUCACACUAAAGUGUUAGCCAAUAAUUCUCUUUCCUUUGAGAAGGCAUAUUGUGAGUACAGGCUGAACAGAAUUGAGAAUGCCUUGAAGACCAUAGAAAGUGCCAAUCAGCAGACAGACAAACUAAAGGAGCUUUAUGGACAAGUGCUAUACCGGUUAGAACGCUAUGAUGAAUGCUUAGCAGUGUAUAGAGAUCUUGUCCGAAACUCCCAAGAUGAUUAUGAUGAGGAGAGAAAAACAAACCUUUCAGCAGUUGUUGCAGCACAAAGCAAUUGGGAAAAAGUGGUUCCAGAGAACUUGGGUCUCCAAGAAGGCACACAUGAACUAUGCUACAAUGCUGCAUGUGCACUGAUAGGACAAGGCCAUCUGAGCCAGGCAAUGAAAAUCCUACAAAAAGCUGAAGAUCUUUGCCGCCGUUCAUUAUCAGAAGAUUCUGAUGGGACUGAGGAAGACCCACAGGCAGAACUGGCCAUCAUUCAUGGGCAGAUGGCCUAUAUUCUGCAGCUUCAGGGUCGUACAGAGGAGGCGUUGCAACUUUACAAUCAGAUAAUAAAACUAAAGCCGACAGAUGUGGGAUUGCUGGCUGUGAUUGCAAAUAAUAUCAUUACUAUUAACAAGGACCAAAAUGUCUUUGACUCCAAGAAGAAGGUGAAAUUAACCAAUGCAGAAGGAGUAGAGUUUAAGCUUUCCAAGAAACAGCUGCAAGCUAUAGAAUUUAACAAAGCUUUGCUUGCUAUGUACACAAACCAGGCAGAACAGUGCCGCAAAAUAUCUGCCAGUUUACAGUCCCAAAGUCCUGAGCAUCUCCUGCCUGUAUUAAUCCAAGCUGCCCAGCUCUGCAGGGAAAAGCAGCACGUAAAAGCAAUAGAGCUGCUUCAGGAAUUCUCAGAUCAACAUCCAGAAAAUGCAGCUGAAAUUAAGCUGACCAUGGCACAACUGAAAAUUUCCCAAGGUAAUAUAUCCAAAGCAUGUCUAAUAUUGAGAAGCAUAGAAGAGUUAAAACAUAAACCAGGCAUGGUGUCUGCAUUAGUGACUAUGUACAGCCAUGAGGAAGAUAUUGAUAGUGCCAUUGAGGUCUUCACGCAAGCUAUCCAGUGGUAUCAAAACCAUCAGCCCAAAUCUUCUGCUCAUUUGUCCUUGAUAAGAGAAGCUGCAAACUUCAAACUCAAAUAUGGGCGGAAAAAGGAGGCAAUUAGUGACCUAGAACAGCUAUGGAAACAAAAUCCAAAAGAUAUUCACACCCUGGCGCAGCUUAUUUCUGCUUACUCACUUGUAGAUCCUGAGAAGGCAAAAGCUCUUAGUAAACACCUGCCCUCGUCAGAUAGUAUGUCUCUGAAAGUAGAUGUCGAGGCUCUUGAAAAUUCUCCUGGUGCUACUUACAUUCGGAAAAAGGGUGGAAAAGUUGCUGGAGAUAGUCAACCAAAGGAGCAAGGACAAGGAGAUUUGAAAAAGAAGAAGAAAAAAAAGAAAGGAAAACUGCCUAAGAAUUAUGACCCAAAGGUGACCCCAGACCCAGAAAGAUGGCUACCAAUGCGAGAACGUUCUUACUACCGGGGAAGAAAGAAGGGUAAGAAGAAGGAUCAGAUUGGAAAAGGGACCCAGGGAGCAACGGCAGGAGCUUCAUCUGAACUGGAUGCCAGUAAGACUGUGAGCAGCCCACCCACCUCCCCACGACCUGGCAGUGCAGCAACAUCGGCUGCAUCUACAAGUAAUAUCAUACCCCCAAGACACCAGAAACCUGCAGGGGCUCCAGCAACAAAAAAGAAACAGCAACAAAAAAAGAAGAAAGGUGGAAAAGGUGGCUGGUGAUUGGAACAUUCUUGUUUCCAGGCUAUUUUUAGUCUCACUGACACUAGGAACAUAAUAAAGGUAACACAGCAAGAAACACAGAGUUCCUCCCUCACCCAUCCCCCACAUUUUCAUAAAAUUAUUUUCUCAUGCAUCAAACAGGAAAACAUCUUCCUCAGACUCAGCCUAGUCAGACUUAGCCUACUUGUACUACCUAGCUUUGCACAGAUGAUAAGCCCUCAAAAUAAUGGGGCAUUUUCCCACCUUGAUCUCUGUUGCAUCCUUUCUCUUUGUGUGCUGAUCUGGUGUUUUUUCAGUUUCACAAACAAGGCAUGUUAUCCAAAGUUUCCUAGGAUUUAAACAGAAACUACUUCUGUUUCAACUAGAGUCUGAAGAUACUUGUUCCUACCAAAGCCCAUUUUAAAUUAUGUCUUAGGAGGCCUUAGGAGACUGAAAGUGGAAUCUUCUUAGCAUUCCAAAUAAAUAACUGCUUAGAAAUAUCAUG